CCCAUCCAACUAUAAAAGCUCACCGCUUUUACUUCAUUAUUCUCCCAAAAACAUUUCUUACUUACCUUCUUCAUUCAUUUUAUUCCUUCCAUUUUCCGGCGACGUACUAGGUUUCCGAUACCAUGAGUCCGGCUUUACUGUCAAGUUUUGCGACAGAAAUAAUUAUUCCUGUAUGCGCCGUGAUUGGUAUCAUUUUCUCGCUGUUUCAGUGGGUGGUAGUCUCUAGAGUAAAAGUUACACCAGACCGUAAUGGUCCUCCGUCUAUCAGCAACAAAAAUGGAUACGAUGACUACUUAAUUGAAGAAGAGGAGGGACUUAAUGAUCAUAACGUCGUUAUUAAAUGUGCUGAGAUUCAGAAUGCAAUCUCCGAAGGUGCAACCUCCUUUUUGGUCACCAUGUAUAAGUACGUUGGUAUUUUCAUGGUUGUGUUUGCAUUUUUUAUCUUCGUUUUUCUUGGUUCUGUUGAGGGGUUUAGCAGAAAGAGCCAGCCGUGCACCUACGAUGUAUCCAGAAUGUGCAAGCCUGCAAUUGCAACUGCUCUCUUCAGUACAAUAGCCUUCUUGCUUGGUGCCAUCACCUCCAUCAUUUCAGGUUUCCUUGGGAUGAAAAUAGCCACUUAUGCUAACGCAAGAACAACCCUAGAAGCCAGAAAAGGCGUUGGUAAAGCUUUUGAGACAGCAUUUAGAUCUGGUGCUGUGAUGGGGUUUCUUCUUGCAGCAAACGGACUUUUAGUUCUAUACAUUGCCAUUAAUCUGUUCAAGAUCUACUAUGGGGAUGACUGGGAAGGACUUUUUGAGGCGAUAACUGGUUAUGGACUCGGUGGUUCUUCAAUGGCUCUGUUUGGAAGAGUUGGUGGAGGUAUAUAUACUAAAGCUGCUGAUGUUGGUGCUGACCUUGUAGGGAAAGUCGAACGAAACAUUCCAGAAGAUGAUCCCAGAAACCCUGCUGUGAUUGCUGAUAAUGUUGGGGACAAUGUGGGGGACAUUGCUGGAAUGGGAUCUGAUCUUUUUGGGUCAUAUGCCGAAUCAUCUUGUGCUGCACUUGUUGUUGCUUCCAUUUCUUCUUUUGGGAUAGAGCAUGAUUUUACAGCAAUGUGCUAUCCAUUACUCGUGAGCUCUGUUGGAAUUCUUGUUUGCUUAAUAACCACUCUUUUCGCAACUGAUUUCUUUGAGAUCAGAGAAGUCGAUGAAAUCCAAACAACUUUGAAGAAGCAGCUUAUCAUCUCCACUGUUCUUAUGACUGUGGGGAUUGCAAUUGUUAGCUUCAUUGCCCUUCCCACAUCCUUCACAAUCUUUAAUUUCGGUGCACAAAAGGUCGUGCAUAACUGGCAACUUUUCUUGUGUGUAUGUGUCGGCCUUUGGGCUGGACUUAUCAUCGGUUUUGUGACAGAAUACUACACCAGCAAUGCUUAUAGCCCUGUGCAAGAUGUUGCUGAUUCCUGUAGAACCGGAGCUGCAACAAAUGUAAUCUUUGGGCUUGCAUUGGGCUACAAAUCCGUAAUCAUUCCCAUCUUUGCCAUCGCCAUCAGCAUCUUUGUCAGUUUCACCUUCGCCGCCAUGUACGGAAUCGCAGUUGCCGCCCUCGGAAUGCUCAGCACCAUCGCAACCGGACUUGCGAUUGACGCAUACGGUCCCAUCAGCGAUAAUGCCGGCGGAAUCGCCGAAAUGGCCGGAAUGAGCCACAGAAUCCGCGAACGCACCGACGCCCUCGAUGCCGCCGGAAACACCACCGCUGCCAUUGGAAAAGGAUUUGCAAUCGGAUCUGCCGCGUUAGUCUCCCUCGCGCUAUUUGGCGCGUUUGUGAGCCGUGCAGGGAUUGAGACUGUCGAUGUUUUGACACCGAAAGUUUUUAUUGGUUUAAUUGUUGGCGCGAUGCUUCCGUAUUGGUUUUCAGCCAUGACUAUGAAAAGUGUGGGGAGUGCAGCUUUGAAAAUGGUGGAGGAAGUUCGUAGGCAGUUUAAUACGAUUCCUGGUUUAAUGGAAGGGCUUGCAAAACCGGAUUACGCGACAUGUGUCAAGAUCUCGACGGAUGCAUCUCUCAAGGAGAUGAUUCCACCUGGUGCUCUUGUCAUGCUGACUCCGCUAAUUGUCGGGACGUUUUUUGGGGUGGAGACGCUUUCGGGUGUCCUAGCUGGCGCGUUGGUUUCGGGUGUCCAGGUGGCGAUUUCGGCUUCAAAUACAGGUGGUGCCUGGGACAAUGCAAAGAAGUAUAUUGAGGCUGGGGCAUCGGAGCAUGCGAGGACACUUGGACCGAAGGGGUCGGACCCACAUAAGGCGGCUGUGAUUGGUGACACGAUUGGGGACCCGCUUAAGGAUACUUCUGGGCCUUCGCUUAAUAUUUUGAUUAAACUUAUGGCUGUUGAAUCGCUUGUGUUUGCUCCGUUUUUUGCUGCUCAUGGUGGUUUGCUGUUUAAGAUUUGGGGUUGAUAGUUCUUGAGAUCUGUUUAGUUAGGUUUGUUUAAGUUAGCAGACAGGUAGUGAUGAUGGUGAUAAAGGAAGGUGAUUUUGGUUUAGAAAUUAGAACAUGUGUCAUGGUGUUAGUUUGUUGGUUUUGUUUACUACUUUUUUAUGCUUUGUUAUGAUUGUGAUCCUUGUUUUCUUUAGUCAUAGAAAAUGACAUUGUAGUUUCUGUUCUUGGUGAAUAUGAGAAAAAGAAAUUAGUUUCA